UGGUCGUUCUGACUUUUUGGUCGUAGUUCGGGAAAAUCGUCAAUGGUCGUGGACCCAUUGUGCACAAUGGUUCUGACGAUGAUCUUGUGCCUCAGCAUGGACAGCGGAUGAGCAUUAAUCCUACUAUGGGCUUGGAUGGCACGAUGCCUGGGAUGAACGCUCCUGCGUGGGGAGCGUGGCAGCAGCCCAUGCCGACAGGUAUGGGACCUAUGAUUGCUCCUCAGCUCAGCCCCGACCAGAGCUUCUUCGUUGCUCACCAGCAUGCGAUGAUGAUCGCGAAGCAAGCGUACCAAAUGGCAGUGGCUCAACAUGCGAUGGCAUUAGCCGGAGAGGAGUGGGAACGAGGGUCCAAUGUCGGCGGCGGGUCUGUGUAUGGGGGCGGUGGAGGUAGUGUGUACAGUGGGAUGGGAGGAGGCGGGGGUGGAAUGAGCAUGCUGGGCGUCCCUGGGAUGAGCAUGCCUGGUAUGAUGCCGAAUCAGUGGUCCACAGGCUCCGUCAUGUUCCCUGGUCGGAUCAGCAGUACGCAGAGUGAGUUCGGAGGAGGGUCGAGGAGUGUGUAUGGGGAGUCGUUUGGCCCAUCAAUGUCCUCCCGUUCGAGCUACAUGUCGGCUGGGCAAGGCGUCCCAAACAGUGCUGCAAGUGCCUAUGGAGGAGGUCCCAGACAACGCGCCAAGACUGGUGCUUCUCAACCUUCGAAUCUGCAACUACAGACGCCUGGUAAGAAUCCCGGACGAAAAGCCGCUCCCCCAUCGAGCUGGAAGAACGCCCGAUAACAUGUCGUAUGAUGAUUUUAUGACGUUCAUCCAUUUUUUUGAUUUUCACUUGCAUAUAUAUUGAGACAUUCCACUUAGCCGCUCUUUGGUUCUCUGACUUUUCUUUUAAUUCCACGAUAGCGCUCGAAGUUUUUUUCUGUGUUGGUCGAAGACGCUAACGGAUAUGCUUGCAUACAGUAGAAAUGUUGGAUUUUGCAUUUCUUCGAUUCGAUUUCGACUUUCUCAUCAUCAUCAUUUGCAUUGACGUUGAACUAGCAUAUACCACGAUUAUGGCUCCUGUUGGGACAAUCAUACGCAUAGUCAAUCCCACCUGCUUGCAUUGUCAUC